AUGGACUCCCUGCCAACAGUUAGUGAUCAAGUCAAAGCUGCAGAUGGCCGACGCGACAGCUUCAGCUCACAAACCUCGCAAACCGCAAGACAGUUUAUCGACUCCCAACUUCAGCUAGAGGCCGAUGCGCGCGAAGCUCUGCCUUACUCCUUCGAUUCCUGUACAUAUGCCCUUGGGCCGUUACGACAGAUCCUUUUCGCUUGUCUGACUUGCAACCCCACUCCCACCAAUCCCGACGAACCCUACGAUGCCGCUGCUGUAUGUUACUCAUGCUCGAUCUCCUGCCACGGUGAACACGAAUUGGUCGAGCUCUUCAACAAGCGCAAUUUCGUCUGCGACUGCGGAACCACUCGCAUGCCCUCUUCCUCCACUUGCACACUGCGUGAAGAUCCGAAGACUGGAAAGAAAGGCGUUCACUCUCAAGAGGCUGCUGCAGGCAACUCUUACAACCACAAUUUUCGCAAUCAGUUCUGCGGCUGUAGCGAACAGUAUGACGCUCAUAAGGAGAAGGGAAUCAUGUUCCAGUGUCUGGGUAUUGGAACCGUCGAGACAGGAGGCUGUGGUGAGGACUGGUGGCACCCGGAAUGUCUGAUCGGGGUACCGCGUGAUUGGAACAAGGCAGAGCCCAAGAUCAAUGUCGAUGGUGAUGCUACCAACGAUGCUCACGCCGAGUAUGAAGAAGCUCCACUUCCGCCUGGAUUCCCCCUUGAGGAUGACUUCCAUCACUUGAUCUGCUUCAAGUGCAUUGACUCGAAUCCCUGGAUCAAGCCAUAUGCUGGAACGCGCGGUUUUUUACCUCCGGUUUUCAAAGAAGGUGGACUGAAGAACACACAGGCGGCAGCCAAUAACUCCGCUCCCAAGAUCGAGGCCCAAGUAAUUGAGCCCAAAGCGCCAGAGCAGACAAACUCAAAGAAGCGCAAGGCGGAUGACAAGGGCCAUCCCGAGGAUGAUCAGUCUAUCAAGCGGACCAAAGAAGAAUCAGUGCCCGCGGAGGACCAACAACCUGGACUCGCAUCCAUUAAAGAAGAGCCAGUCAAGAAAGAGGAAGACACCACUCCUCUGGUCCCCUCCGCCCCCAAACACACCACCCUCCCCGACACCACACCAACCGAAUCAUUUUCCCUCUUCGCCCUAGAAGACUUCCACGACCAACUCUGCCGCUGCGCAGAAUGUUUCCCCAGACUCGCACCUCACCCCCAACUCCGCGAAGAAGAAGAUACCUACGAGCCCCCUCUCUCAGAGGACGGCGAUGCCAAUGGUGCCGCCAGCACAGGCACAGGUAGUAUUCUCGAGCGCGGCGAAGCAGCCUUCAAUAACAUUGACCGCGUGCGCGCUAUCGAGGGUGCAAUGGCUUACAACCACCUCCGUGACAAUCUUAAGGAGUUCCUGAGACCCUUCGCUGAGAGUGGACAAGCUGUCAGUGCCGAUGAUAUCAAGAGUCACUUUGAGAAGCUGCGUGGUGAUGACCAGGGCAUUAAAGAUGCUGCUGGUCAUGCCUCUGCUGUUGGUGGUGGUGAUGAAGAGGGUACCGAUGGAGAUGGUCGUCGCGAGCAGAAUGGAUACUGA